AUGUACUACUUAGAUGAUCUGCGCAAACAAGGAGUAGACAUCUCAGAUAUCACCUUAGACUGGCUGCCUGAAUUUCCUCCAGAUUUCAUGAAGAGAACACGAGAACCAUCUGAGAAGGCAAAGCAGGCAAAGAGAGCAAAGCUGGGAGAACCAUCUGGAUCAAGACCUCCAAUACCUCUGGUUGGAUCACCUGGUAAGUCUGUACCUCUCCCUCCUUCUGUGAAAAUUAAACCAGUUGCUUCCUCACUCCCUCAACCUUCGCCCAUAUACACAACCUCUGAAACUCCUCCAUCAACCUCUAUACCAUCUAACCAACCUUCUAAAAAAUUCAACCUUGCCACCAUAUCUCUACCUGUUUCAGAAGCAGAAAUGCUGAACGAAACCAGUUCACCCUCCUCAUCACCAUCUCCACAAUCACCACCUUACUACACCCUAUCAUCUGACACUAAACCUUCUGACCCUCACUCUCCAACUCUGGCUCAGCUUCAAAACCGUACUCUGGCCUCUCAACAUCCAGCACACUCUAUCCCUGAACCAUAA